UCCCGCCGGUGCCGAAGCCCGGCCGGGGAGCGCAGCGGGCUCUUUAAGAAGCCCCCGUGUCGGUGGCUGUCGCCGGCUGCCAAGUGCGGGAGAAGCCGAGCUUUGCGGCGAAGCCCGAGCGUAACCAGCCGGCUGGGGGAGAUGCCGCCCCGCGGUGACUGACAGCAGGACCAGCUCUAUGCAAAUGGCGCCGGGGGCUCUGCCGGGGCUCUCUCCACACGCCGCCGCCUCUCGCCUCCCGCGCCCCGUAACGCGCCGCGCCUCGCACAAAGCAAUUGUUGCUUUUUUGAGGGACGUCGUUUUACACGUAAAAUCAUCUCCAGCACGGUUUCAGUUUGAGAUACGUGUGAGGGAGCUGGGGAGAUGUGUCAGAGCUUGUUACUCAAGCUAAAUUAGGUAAUUUUUAGCUGGGUAACGUGCUAAUCUUUAAACCUUUAUGUUUCUAAAUCCUGCGUAUGUCUGGUCUCUUCAUACAAAAGUGUAUUUUGCUUGUUUCUUCUCGCCUUCUUCAGUCUGAAGCCUUAUGUAGGUCAGGCUUGGCUUAAGCAGAUUUCCUGAACCUGCGUCAGCUUAAGCUGAAGGAAUUUUAAUAAACCCUCCCUUGUAGGCGUGGGCCUAAAUGAGACUAGCCUAGUUAAGCCUGAUCUUUUUCUGUUUGUGAAAAAGAGCUGAGCAGAGCUAGGGGCUGCAUGGUGGCUCCAGGAACGGCUUCCUUAAUUCAAAGGUAACAAUGGUUGGGAAGGCCAGAUCUUCUAAUUUUACCUUAUCUGAAAAGCUCGAUUUGCUAAAACUCGUGAAGCCGUACGUUAAAAUUCUCGAGGAACAUACCAAUAAGCAUUCUGUAAUAGUGGAAAAAAACAAAUGCUGGGAUAUCAUAGCUGAUAACUACAAUGCCAUCGGAGUAGAUCGCCCUCCUCGUACUGCACAGGGCCUGCGCACGCUGUACAAGAGGCUCAAAGAAUAUGCCAAACAGGAGCUAUUGCAGCAAAAGGAGACUCACUCAGAUUGUCAAAGCAGCAUUUCCGAGCCAACCAAGAAAGUUGUGGAGAUGAUUCCACAGAUUUCCAAUGUGUGUUUAAGAGACAGGAGCGGUGUUCAAAGUGCUAGUAUCGAUAAAGAAACAAUUGCUGGUACCAGUUCACCACAGGCAAUGUUGGAUCACCAUCCUGCGACAGUCAUGAUGGACUUACAAUCGGAAGAGGAUGUCAAACCUCCUCCUUCUUUGAUUAUAGACUCACAGCAAAAUGAGAACUUAGAACAAGAGGAAGAACACCAGCUGGUGCAUAUUAUGGAAAGGUCUCCUUCAACAUCAGUAUCUUCAGUUGAUAUGAGAGUGAUGAUGUCUCCAUCCCCUGUACCAAGAAGAGAUGAGUUUUUUAGGCUUGAGGUUGGAGAACGCUUUAGACCAAUGUGUAGUUAUGACCCACAGAUGUUACAAAUGCUGAAAGAAGAGCAUCAGAUAAUAUUAGAAAACCAAAGAAAAAUUGGUCUUUAUGUCCAAGAAAAAAGGGAUGGUUUGAAAAGAAAGCAGCAACUGGAAGAAGAACUGUUGCGAACAAAAAUCAAAGUAGAGAAGCUGAAGGCAAUACGACUACGGCGUGAUCUGCCAGAAUACAGCAAUAUCUAAAUAUUUUAUUACUUCUGUCAUAUUCUUUGAUAUACUUAAUAAUAAAUGCAGAAUUGUUCCGUAUGUUAAUAUGGAUGGAUCAAAAUCUGGACUUGAGACGUGAAAGCGUAUUUUCCACAUUGUUGUUUAUGUACCUUAGAAAAAUACCUCGUAUGCGUUUGAAUGCACCAACUCUUCUGGUCUAAAGUAGUCAAAUCCUGUACAUUUAAGUGUUUAGAUUGAUAAAAAUCCAAACUUUUAAAAUAUAUCCAAUUAUCUCUAUUGGAGUAGUGAUGAACUAAUGAAAUUUAGUCAGAUCUUGUUAAAAUUUUAUUCAUAUGCAUUGUUUUUUCAAAUAAUCACCUUUACUAUCUUAAUGAAGUUACAGGUUAAUAAAUACAUAUAAGAAGGAGAAAUAAGAGGUCAUGUUCAAAUGUCUUAUUCUUUUCAAGUUGGUAAAUCUUAUGACAGUGGUGAGAUUUUGCUGACGUAUCAGCUUGGAAAACAAAAUUACUGGAUCGUUAUAUUUUUUUAAUGUUCGGUAGACAGUUGAAUAAAUGUACAUAUUUUUAAAAGUUAAUACUUUUUAAUUGUUUCCAGUGGAGGAGUGUUUCCAUAGGAUAUUAUCAAAAUAGAGACAAUGAAUGCAACACUUGGUUUUCAAAACUGCAUGCAUGUGUAAUUUGUGUGUACAGUUACCAUGAUCGUAUAUUCAGUUAUAGUAAUUAUACUGGUGAUCAACCACAUAAAUGUCUGAUUUCCUCUUUUGCAUGCAUAAUUACUACAGUGCAUGUGCAACCAAGACAGUUGCAGGUGCCUUUGAUCAGUAUGACUAGGACUAUAAGCUACUGAAAAGAAAUCCUUUCUGUAUGUAAGUAACACGUGACUUGAAAUCAACAGAGAAUUCUGUGUUAUUCUGGGUACCUUUUAUAGAUGCUGUUGUUCUGAUCUUUCGAUUAGUUUCAAAUAAAAAGCCCCAAAUAAAAAUAAAA